CUUGAGACAAUUCAGUUUCUAUCAAUCUCUAGAACAGACUUAAUUGAUAAUUUUUCUCUGCGCAGUAAAAAAUAAAAGAAUAAACUGAUUUUUUUUUUGCAAAUUAAAAUUAUGAUUUUUUAUAUAUUAAUUAUUAUUGCAAUAGUUUUAGGAAUUUAUCAUGUUUCAAUUCAUUACAGUCGUCAUGGACGACUUUUAAAUAAAUUACCAGGGCCACCAAUUUUUCCGAUAAUAGGAACUUUAGAAAUUUUAGGACUUUCCGCAACUGAAAUUUGGAACAAAGCAAGAUACCUUGGAAAGACCUAUUAUCCAUUAAAUAAACUUUGGUUGGCUCAUUAUUGUUCAGUUAAUAUUUUUAAUCCAUAUGAUGCAGAGAUUCUAUUAUCAAGUAUGAAGCACAUUGAGAAAAGUCAUCUCUAUGAUUUUUUACAUCCUUGGCUAAAUAAUGGUUUACUAACCAGUACAGGUAAAAAGUGGCAAACUCGUCGGAAAAUGUUGACACCAACAUUUCACUUUAGUGUUUUGCAUCAGUUUGUCGACAUUUUCAUGGAACAGGGAAAUAAUCUUGUUGAAAAUCUAAAAUCUCAGGGCGAUGAAUCAGAGCAAAAUCUUGUGCAUUUUUUUACAAAAUACACACUAAAUACUAUUUGUGAAACCGCAAUGGGCACAUCAUUACUUGAAACAAAUAUCGAUAAUACCUAUCGAAAUGCUCUAAAAAAUGUUUCAAAACAAUUGGUUUACAGGCUUGCUAGGCCCUGGUUAUUUCCAACUUAUAUAUUCAAAUUAUUUCCAUCGGGAAGAAGUUUUAUGAAGUCUCUAUCGGUACUGCACAAUUUUUCAUACAAGAUUAUUAAGGCGAAAAAGGAAUAUCAUGAGAAAACGGAAAAUGUACAUUUAAAAUCGCUUAUUAAUCCCGAUACAGAAUUAAUUACUCUUGAUGAUGGACUGAGAAGCAAAAAGAAACGAAUGGCAAUGUUGGAUCAUUUAAUAGCCGCCCAGAGAUUUGGUGGGCAAAUUAAUGACGACGGAAUUCGGGAAGAAGUUGAUACAUUCAUUUUUGAGGGACAUGACACCACAGCAAUGGCAAUGUGCUUUUCAGUAUUAAUGCUCGCCGAACACAAAGAUAUUCAGAAUCGAGCAAGAAAAGAAGUGGACGAUGUAUUUAAUGGAAAAAAUGGGCAGAUUCACAUGACAGAAAUACAAGGCUUAAAUUAUCUUGAACAAUGCAUUAAGGAAACAUUGCGUUUAUAUCCAAGUGUACCUUUCAUAUCACGCGAAAUAAAGGAGGAUUUGCAAUUGACACAUCAUUUGAUUCCGGCAGGAACCAGUGCGCAUUUACAUAUUUACGAUAUUCACAGAGACGUGAAUUUUUGGCCUAAUCCGGAAAAAUACGAUCCCGAUAGAUUUUUGCCUGAGAAAAUGCAAAUUCGUCAUCCAUUCAGUUAUAUUCCGUUCAGUGGUGGACCACGUAAUUGUAUAGGUCAAAAGUUUGCCAUGUUGGAAUUAAAAGCUCUCAUGGCCCACUUGCUCCACAAUUUCACCUUCGAACCAAUUGAUAAUUCGAGGGAUAUCAUUUUUACCGCAGAUUUAGUUAUAAGAGCCGCAACACCAAUUCGCGUUAAAUUUAUAAAUUGUGAUUAUUUUUUGGAAUAUUGCAAAAUUUUCAUCAUGUUUUUUUUAUUGUUUAUUUUAAUAUUGGGCCUGGCCUUUUAUCAUUUUUACACUCAUUACGGUAGAUGUGGGAGAAUGGUUAAUAAAUUACAAGGACCACGGACUCUUCCUCUUUUAGGAAAUUCGCUUCUUUUUCAAGGUUCAUCCGUUGAUGUAUGGAAUUUAAUAAGAAAACUCAACAAAGAAUACUAUCCAUUGUGGAGAGUUUGGCUGGCUCAUAAUCCAGUUGUGAAUCUGUACCAUCCCGAUGAUGCUGAGGUUCUCUUAUCGAGUAUGAAGCACAUUGAAAAAAGUAAAGACUACGAUUUUUUACAUCCAUGGUUAAAGACUGGUUUACUGACAAGUACAGGAAAAAAAUGGCAACAUCGUCGAAAAAUGUUAACGCCCGCUUUUCACUUUAGUGUUCUCAAGGAAUUUCUCGAUAUUUUUGACGAACAUUCAAAAAUUCUGGUGGAAAAUUUAAAAACAGAGGGAGAUGAGAGUGUACAGGAUAUUGUACCAAUUUUUACAAAGUACACUCUAAAUACCAUUUGUGAAACUGCAAUGGGUACUUCGUUACAUGAUACAGACAGUCAAGAUGAUACGUAUAGAAAUGCCCUAAAGCAUCUUGUGGAAAUUUUAUAUUACAGAGCAUUUAGACCGUGGUUAGCGACAGAUUGGAUUUUUAAUUUAUUUUCAAAAGGAGAAAUAUUUAAUCAAUAUUUAAUGACUCUUCACAAAUUUUCAACAAAGAUUAUCAACGAAAGAAAGGAGUUUCAUGAACAAACGGACAAUCAACAUUUGAAAUCAAUUAUUUCAGCAGAGAGUGAAACCAGUGUAUACGAUGAUGGAAUUAAAAGCAGGAAAAAAAGAAUGGCAAUGUUAGAUCAUUUAAUUGCUGCCCAAAAAUUCGGAGAUCAAAUUGAUGACGACGGUAUUCGCGAGGAAGUCGAUACAUUUAUAUUCGAGGGACAUGACACAACAUCAAUGGGAAUGACUUUCGUGCUAUUAAUGAUGGCCGAGCAUAAAGAAAUUCAGGAUCGUGUGAGAGAGGAGAUUGACAUGUUACUUAAUGAGACGAAUGACAAAAUUAGUACAGCUGAAGUACAACAAUUGACUUACCUUGAGCAAUGUAUCAAGGAAACUUUACGUUUAUAUCCAUCAGUUCCCCUAAUAUCUCGACAACUCAGUACAGACUUGCAACUAAAGAACCAUUUGAUUCCAGCCGGUUGUAGUACGGACCUACACAUUUUUGAUUUACACAGAGAUCCAAAUUUUUGGCCAGAUCCGGAAAAAUUCGAUCCGGAAAGAUUUUCACCUGAAAGAAGUCAAAAACGUCAUCCAUAUUCAUUUAUUCCGUUCAGUGCUGGUCCACGCAAUUGUAUAGGUCAAAAAUUCGCAAUGCUGGAACUGAAGACAUUUACAGCGCACAUUCUAAAUAAUUUCAUCCUUGAACCUGUUGAUCACGCAAAAGAUUUAAUUUUUACAUCUGAUUUAGUAUUAAGACCGGCUAUUCCAGUGCGUAUAAAAUUUACAACUAGAAUAAAAUAAAAAUUUUUCAUUGCUAUUAAUUUUUAUAAACAAAAAUAUACAUAUAACACAGCAACUAUUUUUAUUUUAAUAAGCAAUACUACUGACAAUUUUUUUUCACGCCUUUACAUUUACAUAUACAUAGAAAUUAUAUAAUAUUUUGAUAAUGUAACAUAUGUAGUUACUUAAGAAUUUUUGAAAAUAAAAAGAAUGAUUGCAAACAUAA